AUGCAAUCCAUUGAUUCAUUGAGAGAAUUAAAUGCCAAGCUCUUAGCCGAGAUUACAGAGCUUAGGAAGGAGAAUGCUGAGAUUCCCGAACUUAGAGAGAAGUUACUAAAGUUCGAGGCUGAGAAUGGUGAGCUCAAAGCCAUAAAUGCUGAAAUACCUGAUCUUAGAAGAAAGAUCUCAGAGUUUGAUGCUGAGAGAGCUGAACUUAAGCGCAGGAUUGCCAAGGCUUUAAGAAUGACGAGGAAGAGAGAACGAGGCGUGAUGCUGAGAAUGCUAAACUCAAGUUCAUCUAACUUCAAUUCGGUUGCAGAUCAGGUGUCCACGGUAACACAUCACGAGAAACCAUUAGUGGAUACUUUAUUACCUGAAGACAAGGAAACGAACGCUUUCUUGGAUGAGGUGCAUAAGAAAAAGGACUCAUCCUCAACUACUUCUGAAUCGCUUCACCAUGAAGCAGACCUCUCCAUGACUAACACUAAACAUGAUCUCCCGGAACAGGUAGUCAAAGAAUCGGCCCCAAAGGAAUCCUCCUUGGUUCAUAUGGAACCCCAGAAGAUAGAAGAGAAACAAGUUAAUUUAUCAGAGAUCAAGGAGGCAAAGAUCCCCUAUAAUCAGAAAGUAGAACAAGAUUUAAUAUGUGAAUUACUUGAAUUUAUUAGAUGUCAUGAUUCUACAUCCUUGCCGAAUUCUAUAUCUAGCAAACAUAUUCUAGAUGUUCCAAUCGACGCCGAACUAACUCCAGGUUCUGUACCUUAUUUAGCUCAUUUAUUCGACAAGGCUGAAAAAACUGGUCGGAAAGAAAAAUUACGAUGGUAUUACUAUAGCGAGGAAUACGAAAAAAAGGUUGUAACCCUUAGAUCCGAAAAUAAUAUUAGCGAUCAAAUGGCAAGAACGCAGAUUUAUGAUGAAAUGGAGCUGUAUCUCCCCGGUAAAAAGAGAGAGUAUUUGCGUAAGAUGACACAAAAGGCUAAAAGCAUCUAUACCUUGUUUAAGGGAAUAGGAAUAGAUAAAAUUGGAGUAGUUACAUCUAGCGCUGAUGAAUAUAAUAAAUCUUUAUACUGA